AUGCAGUGUGGUGACAGACGGACGGACGGACGGAGGGACAGUGGAGUCUUAGUAAUGGGGUCCCGUUUUACCCUUUGGGUACGGAAGCCUAAACACAUUUUUUUAGAGUUAAACCUAUAAACCUAGAAUAUAUUAUGCUGAAGCGAUCGACAUCAAAAUCAAAGUGAUUUGUUAAGAUUUUGUUAGUGGAAACCGUUUGAACCCGAAAUGGAAAUUUCAUAGAAAAAGUACCGUUAUUUCGUUAGGAUCGCAAAGCUAUUCUUCCCUCUUAAGCGUGUAUUUUAUCUCUACAUUUUGUGUGGCGUGUUGCCAAGUGAAAGUUUACCUCAGUAGCGUGGUUUGUCGUCAACUUUCUACAAAAAUAUCACUGAAUAUAAAAACAAUAAUAUUUUUAAUUUUUUUACUCAAUCGGCUCAGAAGGAAAGGUUAAUGUUUUUUAGCGGGUGUGUUUUUUAAUAGAUGGUGCAGAACUGCAGACCGGGGUGCAGGAACCCAAAAAGAAGAUGGCGGGACGACUUGGACUCAUUCUAUCCUGAUUGGCGAGAAAGUACGAACGACAGGGUAGAGUGGAGGAAACGAGGGGAGAUCUUUACUCAGUCAUGGGGCAGUGGGAUUUAGGCUAAUAUUCAUCUUUAUUCGUCAUUGUUCAUUACACCGUGGCGUGGUAAAUACAGAAGUUAUUACAAAAAUAUACAGUGUCUCAUGGACCCUAAAAUGAUAUGGCAAACUAAGGAAAGCCUGACCUGGACUUUCAUUGGAACUAAUUUUUUCAUACUAAACUGAACUGUCACCCUAUACAUGAGAAUAACAGCGCCCUCUUGACAAUGAUCAUAUAUUUCUGGUCGGGCUUUAGUAAUUAUCGGCCCGAUUCGAACUCGAUAUGGCUUGGAUAUUUCAGUGUCAAAAGUGAUGUUUUUGUUUGAAGACACGUCACUUUCCUAUCUAAUCUAUAUCAUACGAUCAUACGAUAUGGAUAAGAUAGGCUUAGCAAAUGUUUGACGUAUCUUUAAGUUCGAAUCGGGCCGUUCGCUCUCUCCAUCUAAACGACUAAAUGAAUAAAUUGUAUGUUGUAUAGUUAUAGAUAAUUGCAUAUCUAAUGCAAUAUCAUUAGUUGUUUAUGUAUGACUGUACCGACAUCCAUUUAUAAAUUAAAACUGUGGUGAUUUCACUGGUAGAUGAUUUCAUUAUAGAGUAAUUAAAAUGAUAUUCAAAUUACUCAAAUAUUUAUGUUACGUUAGAGUAAUAAGAUGCUAUAGAUGAUUGUUGUAGCUGUAGAGUUAACUGACCCCCUGCAAAUAUUUUUUUUGCUAUGAGUUGUAUUUGCAGAUUAUACCUAUCUAUCGUGUAGCUCUGCCAUAUGACUGCGACUAAAACCGCAGUAAAAUUAGAAAGCCAGACAGACAUUCUAUUUCCUAUUCAAACAUUAAAAUAGGCUAUCACAAAAAGUCCAAAGAGCAAACACAUUGUUUAUACGGUCGGUUUCAUUGUACUGCAUAAUGAAUUAAAACAUCAUUGUUCCCAAUGCAUUCUGUGCGUAAUGCAGCAAUGUUGACAUUGUUGAUACCCGUGGCUCGUUGAAUGCACGCGUUUGUUAUUUCGGAACACGCUUGCGCCGAGCACGCCGCGCAAGCGCCGUGACGCGCCAGUCUGACAGCUGACUGUGCUGGCUCCCACCGCACAAGUUCACCAUCCGGCCCUUCUGCCAGAGGCCAGUCAACUGUUUAGUGCUGUGCGUUUCGUUCGUGCGUACCUACCGCGAUUGAUUUUCGAAUUUUAUCGAUGUGCAUUUGACGUUAAGACAAUUUGAAGUUUUUAAAUAAUAAUACGUUCUAUAUUUGGUGUUUAUUGUGCAGUUUAUUUCAUAAGUAACGAUUUGCUGAUGCGAUUAGUGUAAGCGCUUUUACCGGAAUUGAAAGUUUACAAUGGACUUGGAAUUUCGGAACUUGAAAUAUACAGUAUGCAGUCGCUUAUCAAAAGAAAAACGGCGGGAUGUGGUCAAAGGGGUGCACGGCAAGUUCCGUUCCGGACACCUGGUGGCCAUCAUGGGGCCCUCGGGCGCCGGGAAGAGCUCUCUCCUCAACGCCAUCUCCGGAUAUCGAUCCGUCGGGGUAACAGGCGAGCUCCUAGUUAAUGGACAGAUUCGAAACGAGCACCAGUUCCAACGUUCCUCGUGCUACAUCACACAAGAAGAUCUACUACAGCCUUUACUGACAGUACGGGAGGCCAUGGACGUAGCCGCGAAACUGAAGCUGCCUAGAGGAGCGCAGGCGCAUGCUACGGAGAUACUACAGGAGCUGGGACUCCUGGAGCAUCAGCAUACAAAGACAGAUUUGCUGUCGGGAGGGCAGAAGAAGAGGUUAUCAAUCGCUCUCGAGCUAGUAAACAAUCCACCAGUGUUCUUCCUGGACGAACCUACCAGUGGCCUCGACACCGUCACAACAGUGCAGUGUGUGAAGCUGCUGAGACAGUUGGCGCGGCAGGGUCGCACUGUGGUGUGCACCAUCCACCAGCCGGCUGCCUCGCUACUGGAGCUCUUUGAUCAGGUGUACGUGCUAGCUGACGGUCGGUGCAUCUACCAGGGUGACACGGCCGCUAUGGUGCCUCAUCUGCAGAGCGUCGGCCUGCCUUGUCCAAGGCACCACAACCCAGCUGACUUUAUAAUCGAAGUGACGGAAAACCCCGAUAACAUAACGUUACUAUGCGAAGAAAUUCUAAAUGGACAGCUGUACAAAUCAUCAAAGCUCGAACAGACGGAGCCGGUCAACAACAUGGAGCUGAAGAUAUGCUACCAGACGGAGGAGGCUCAGGAGACCGAGAUCAUGCUCAGCAACGAGAAGUGCCUUUAUAAAGUGCCGAAGUAUAAUGGCAGUACUUCGAGCAGCUCUUUAACUAGUCGGGUCUCACAGAUAAAUUCGUCAAUGGACUGGAUGAAAGUGCAAGAGCAGUCGGAUUCGUGCGGGUACCCGACCACGUUCCUCCAGCAGUUCUAUACUCUGCUGUGUCGGAUGAUGACGCAGAUAUUCAGGAAUCGACAAGGUCUCUGGAUCCAGUUAAUCCAUCACGUGAUGUGCGGCGUGCUGAUCGGGCUGUGCUUCUUGAACAUGGCUAACGACGGCACGCAGAUGUUCAACCAUCUUAAGAUGUGUGUGGGUCUCGUCAUAUUCUUCGCCUACACGCAGAUCAUGGUGCCAGUGUUAGUGUAUCCUCAAGAAGUGAAACUCGUAAAAAAAGAGCAUUUCAACCGCUGGUACAGCCUCACGCCUUACUACGCGGCUUUGACAGUAUCCAAGUUACCAGUACAAAUCACACUUAACUGUGUGUUCUCUACAAUUGUGUACUUCAUGGUGGGCGUGCCUUUUCAAGUGACGCGAUUCAUUGCGUUCUGUUUGAUUGGAAACGUGGUGUCGCUGGUGGCCGAAGGCAUGGGCAUGGCAAUUGGAUCAGUGUUCAAUGUUAGAAAUGGCUGCGCAAUCGGCCCAACAGCCAUCGCCCCGUUCCUCGGCCUCGCAAUCUACGGCUUCGACUUCGCACACCGCAUCCCCCUCCUCAUGAACCUCCUCAUGAAGACCUCCUUCAUCCGCUGCGGCGUCGUCGCCAUGGUCCUCACAAUCUUCGGCUUCGGACGUACGCCUUUAGACUGCAAAGACGUCUACUGCCACUUCUCCAAACCGGACGUCUUAUUGAAAUACUUAGACAUCGAAAGAAGCUCAGUUUGGAUAGAAAUCAUGACUAUGGUUGGCAUUAUGCUUGUCUUCCGAUCACUCUGCUAUAUUGGUCUAAGAUGGCGCUUUGCCACCUGAUUCCUUAGCUAGUUUUAGUUCUGUGAUAUUUUGAAGUCUUUGGGUUUUGCCAGUACAAAGAUUUUAAUAGCAUGUGAUCCUAAGGGUAUAAAUUUAGUUAAGAGUUAAUUUAUGUUUGAUUCCGUUAGUUUCAUUAUCUAUAAGCUUUAAAGAUCAUUAGCAAGUGCUUUAUAAGUUGGAAUCUGGACAUUGGUCUAUACCGUAUUUAAUUCAAUGAAAAUAAUGUCUAAUGGAGGAGUUAAGCCAAAGAUACUUUUCCAUAGUAUCUAGGUAGACUUCUUGAAUCAAAUGAAAUAAGAUUUCAGUCCCUACUUCACCAUUAACGGAUAAAUGAAAUGAAGCUAAGCGUAAAUGAUGCCUAAUUAUUUAUUAUAAGAUAAGGCCAGUACGGGUAAGUGUGAAUGGCCUUCCCUUUCUUUUUCUGUUUUUUAUUUUUUUAUCAGUCAACAAGGUCAAUAUUACAAAUACCUUAUAGACUAACAUACAUGUGCAUUGUAUAUACUUAUUUAGGCUACAAAACGCUUAGCAAACCGGAUACAAUUCGCACGUCGCUCUGUUUGAGUAAGACAACGCUAUGCACAUAUUAUAGCGACAUCCCGUUCGCACACUAGAACGACGUGCGAAUCGUAUCCAGUGUACUACGCACCGUAGCAAAUGUACGUACUCGCAAUAAACACUAAUCUAUGUGUAAUCAGGCCCCAAUGUGAAGGCCACCUACACUUACCCGUACGCUACACUAACCCGUAUUGACCUAAUUUAAGUUGUUUGUUGAUAUGUGGUUAUUGGGAAUCUCUAUAACGACAUAAUCUCAAUUAAAUAGACGUGAAUCGUUCGUACUAGCAGCAGGUCGCAGAAUGGGGCUUUAAAGACCCUUAACCUUUUCGACGGCAACGACCUAAUAUACCUAUAUCCGAACCGCAGGUUCAACGUCAAAGACGGAUUAAUCCGUCACAGACCGCAGAGCAACAUAGACCUACGCGCAUAUGUAUAAAGUUCAAUUUCAGUUUUGACACUUCGGUGACGUGGCGUCUGAGUGACAGCUUUUGUGUUUGACACGGCGUCGAAAAGGUUGAAGCUUUUUUGAACUAUUAGAGUUAUCAGCUUUUAGUUUAUGUUAUUUGUUUUGUAAGAGUGUAAUGUUGUCUGUCCUUAAUUAGUGUAAUUUUAAAGUCGGGUUCGUUAAAAGAUUGAAAAAAUUACUCGCUACUAUAGCUUGACCAAAAGUGACAUAUUGAGCAUGAGUAUUAUUUUCAUCUAAUGUAGGUACAAAUCAACAUAAUUAUUGUGUUUGAUUUGAAAUUAUCAUGAAAAGAUCAUAUACGAAUGAGCUAGUUAAAAAAAUUUAAACUAAUUCGAGUGUAUACUUUUAAUAUUUGGACUCACUUUAAUAUUUAUGAUUAACGGUGUGACGAUGCUUUUACCUCAUUUUUGUUUGAUGAUAGUGUUUAUAUAAAAAAAUCCCAGUUAAGAUAAUAACAUUAAACUAUGGCACUUGACUUAGCUAAGUAUAUUUGACAAGUAUGCGCGCUCCAGUUCGCAGGCGGCUACGCACAUUUUCUAUCAACAAUUUUCAUCUUGAACUAGGAACCCCCACAGUAGCGCCUCUCGAACGUCUACUCAAAUCAAUGGCUGCUGCUCGACGCAACGUUGACGCAACUGCUCAGCAACGCCAUUUUCCAUGCGUCUAGACGCCGACGCUCAAAAGACGCUAGUGUGGGGUGGCUCUGACUAGGCAGGCACCCUUAUAAGCUUAACGGGACAGCGAUACGAAUAUCUAGUAAAAGUAUACGGCAAUUGGUUUACUGAAAGCUGUUAUGGCUCCUCAAUACGAUGGCCCAGCGUACGCCAGUCCAAGGGACGCAUUUAUGCGUUAGAGGGAGCAAGUGAUAUUGCUAUCUCAUUCCACCGCAUAGCUUCGUCCCUUAGACUGGCCUACGCUGGGCAAUUGUGUAGAGGAGCCCUUAUCUAUGAAUGGUAACAAUAUUUUUUUAUUUAGUGGACUUCUCACUGUUGUUUAUAAUAUGUAAAUGUGUGUAUAAAUAGAAAAUAUUUUGACACAAACACAACCAUACAACGAAUGCUUUUUUACUUUGCACACUAAGUGUAUCUAAGUCAAUAGUUUGUAUUUUAUGCUCAUAAGAACCCCGGGCCUACCCGUAGGACUAAUUAGUUCAAUGCAAUUUAAACUUUUUACAAUUGGAACCUUAUUCCCUACAUUAUUGAUUUCAAAUUCAAAUAGCAUUUUUUUUGUAUGGUGGGCCGCAGGUGGUUAAUGAAUAUUCAGCUAAGCUAAGUGCCACAACAAUAAUUAAGAAUAUCACCAAAACACAAACAGCCUAUGAAACAGACUGUUUAGAAGAUAUUAUGAAAUAAGUUAGGCAUAAUAUUUUUUGUACUUUUUUAAAGAGUAUAGCAGAGGUAAGCAAAUAGAGAAGAUUGGCAGUCACUAUACAGUUGUAAAUUGGGCUUAAUGCAGAAAAGCAUUUUAGGCAUGGAAAGUACAGUGACAUCUAGUGGACUAUCAGAGAAGGAUAAAAUAUUAGUGAUGUAAAUACUUAAAUUUCUAUGCUUUAGAGUCAGACCAAGCCAACUCUGCAUGCCAAUUGCAAUGAAAAAGUGUGUCUAUUUCAUCAUUAAUGUCAAAUUUGUAUGAAAAUAUGACGUUUAUAAUGACAUUCACUUUGUUUUAUCAAAGAGAAUUUGAAAUAGAGGUGGAUUGUCAAAGAAAUCUUAGAUUAAUAAUAAUAAUAAAUCAAUUAGAUGACGCCAUUUUUUGAUUGUCAAAUGGCGUUCUGAAAGUUUUAAUAAUGUGUCGAAAGAUGGCAGUGGCAAUGGCAGUUCAAAUUCUCUUUGGUUCUAUUCAAGUGGAUGCAAAGUUAUCUUAGACGCACCAUGAUUAUGUUAUAGAUCGUGACAUUCACGAAGACGCUAGCCUUGACUCGUAUUGUCAUGUUAUUAAAGGUUAGAUUGACAAAUCUGCGUGUCAUUGUUGAUGACACGAACUAUAAUCAUUGUAGGUGUAAAGCAAUGCAAAUCUGAAACACAAAGACUCGUAAUUCCUCUAGGUACGACAAUGAGGAGACACGCGGUCUUCUCUAUUUAGGGCCUCCGCUAGCUGACGUGGACGCCCGCCGCGUGCGCACGCUCGCGGGUCCUGAGGGCCUACUGCGAACCACGUUCGACCUGUUGCCUCCCUGUUACACUUACGUGCGAAUUUACAAGUGCAACAGAGAGGCAAUACGUGGUUCGCGGUAGGCCCUCUGCUCCCAGGCGAAAUCCGUCGCACGCGCCCGCGCCAGUUAGCGCUGUUCAUACAAUUGCUUAUUAGACGGGGCAUCCGUUCCGGAUAGUCCGCGUCAGCUAGCGGAGGCCCUUAUUUCUUUCUAAGUAAUGUUGAGAAAAUACAGAUAUGAGUAAA